GUGCAGCGUACAAAAUGGGUUUGUUUAUAUGUAUUAUUGUUCUUUGAGAAAUAUAAUUUUAUAUUUUAGCAGCUGUAUUGAUAUCGUUUAUUUUUUAAGAACAUAUCAGUUUCCUAAAAAAAAGGAAAAAAUAUGCUUGAGACUUUUUAAAUACUUCGAUACAUAGAUGUCAUUUUUAACUAACAAUAAGUUUCCUGUGGUCUUAUUUAUAACUGUGGGAAGUAUAUGUGGAAGUAUGUGGACCUACUUUUCAUAUUUUUGGAAAUCUAACAAUUUCAAGGAAGGAAAAGAUUUAUCAUUAGAAGAUGCAUGUAGCAUUUUAGAAGAAAAUGUUACUGAUGUAAAUGAAACAACACCCAAAGAGGCGGAUAACUUACCUAACAAUUAUUGUAAUAAAGUUGGAACAAUAACAAAACGUGAAGAAAAUAAAUAUUUUAUAGAUGACAUAUAUACAUUUAGUUCUGAAAACAUUAAUAUUAGUAUUGGAUCAAAGGUUUCAUAUAAUAUCUUAAUGUCCAAUGGAACUGAAAAUAUUAUUAACGUAAAGUUAUUUGACAAUGAUUGGGAUGUAGUAGAAACUGGUAACACAUUAUGGAAUACAAGAGUUAUUAUCUGUAAAGUAGAAAAACAAAUAAACCGAACACUAACUGUGUCUCCUGGCGAUAUAAAUAUUGACUUAAAUGAUGUAUCAACAGAUUUCUUACCAGUGGUCGGCGACUGGAUAGAAUUGGAUGUUAAGUGUUCAAUAAAUGAAAGAGCGAUUGAUUUAUCGGGGCAAAUAAUAGAAAUUAAUAAAAUUUUGCCUGUUAGAGCCCAUAUUGAAACAGGCACUGUAACUGCUUGGGAUGUAGCUGAACAUACAGGCGUUGUGAAAAAGAAUGUAUUUUUUAAUAAAUACAGUUUAUCAUGUGGUUACAUGCCAAUGGUCGGUGAUAAAGUUAUUAUUGAGGUUAUAGAAAGCGAUCAAGGUAUGUGUUGUUGGAGAGCUCUGAAAGUGAUACCAGAGAAUAACAGCAAAGAACUGGUCCAAUUCGAUAAUUUAAACAGCUUACCAGAAUAUUUAGACGAAUACUCCGGUCUACAAAUUAAUACAGCUAUUCUUAAUUUUGACAAACUUAAUAAAUCUGCAACAUUUGAAAUUUCAGUAUCAAAUGAAUGUAAAGAAAAUAUGACACUGAUAAAUGUAGAGUUUUUAGACACUAACAAUCAGUGUAAGGUUUUAAAUAAAUUUGAGUCAAAUGUAGACAUAUUAAGCAAUACUACAUAUAACAUUGCUUGUGAAUGUACACCAAAAAAUGUAGGUAGUAGCAGUAGUUUACUGCUAUUUUAUUUCACAAAUUUCAAUAUAGGUAGAUGGAUAAAAAUGAAUGUUUCUGUUCACUUCGAGCAACCUACAAAUUAUUUGAAAACGGCAUCUAAAGCACCUUGUGUCCCAUCAUCCAAUAAUGAAUUAAUAAGGGGGAGGAGGGCUAUUGCACCCCCUCGUUUCAUUUCCCAUAAGUUACCGUCAUAUACGGUACCAAAGAAAGUCAGUGAUGCUGUAUUCAAGUAUGACCCCAAAGAAGUAAUGUUAUUAACGCAAGAAUUAAGAUUAGCAACACCGUCACUUUUCUCAAAUUUAACAUUUUUUAAUUUUGAGGAAAAAUUUCACAAUUUACUGUAUUUAGAAGAAAUUACGAAUUUAAUAAUGAUCCGAAACUAUGAUCAAGAUAAGGCGUGCUUUAUUCCCUACGAAGAUUUUUUAUUAUUGGAGAUUGAAAAUUUAAGUGAACGUAGACCUUCCAUAGUUUUAGGAGAUAAGGUUAUUGCGUCAGAUCCUUCAAAUAAAAAUGGUAUGGAUUUUGAAGGCUGUGUACACAAAGUCGGUGCCAAACACGUUUUUCUAAAGUUUUCUCAAAUAUUUCAUGAUAAAUAUAAUGGAGAGGAUUAUUCGAUAAAAAUUGUACCAAGUAGGUCAACUUACAGGCGGUUUCAUCAUGUUGUAUUCCUAGCACCUCGAACGUUGGGCAAGGAAAUCUUAUUUCCAUCAAGAGUUCAUGAAAAAGAUGUACAGUUACAUUUUUCUGAUGCUGAUCUUAUACAACAUGAUGGUUUAAAUUUAACUUCGCCAACUUCAAAUAAAAAACUGAGUCAGUUAGAAGUGCUGAAGAAACUUAAAGAAAUAAAUAAUAUUAAUAAAAGUUUGAGUGAUACUUCCAUCGAAGAGUAUAAACUAAAAUUGGAGUGGUAUAAUACAAAAUUAAAUACAAAACAAAAAGAUGCCGUAAAAAAUGUUUUACAGGGGAAAGCAAGACCUCUGCCUUACAUAAUUUUUGGACCUCCAGGAACUGGUAAAACUGUAACUAUUAUUGAAAUGGUACUGCAAAUAGUAAGACUAAUUCCUCACUCCAGAUUGUUGAUUACUGCUCCUUCAAAUAGUGCUUCCGAUCUAAUUGCUUUACGGUUGAUAGAUUCAGGUGUUUUAAAACCUGGCGACUUGGUUAGACUUGUAUCUUAUAAUUAUGCAGCAAGUGAUAAUAUACCUGUCAAUCUUGUUCCGUACUGUGCCACUGGUAAUUUGGCACGAGACGGCACAGCCGAUAACGAAAUAUCACGUUCUGGUAUUCAGUAUGAAUGUAGUCGUGCCUCUUUGGGUCGACAUCGCAUUACUGUCACCACCUGCUCAUUAUCAGGACAGCUUUACCUUAUGGGUUUCCCUAAAGGGCACUUUUCUCACAUAAUUGUGGAUGAGGCAGGUCAAGCUAGUGAACCAGAAGUUUUGACGCCACUCAUCUUCUUGGACAAGUUGUCAGGACAGGUUAUUUUAGCAGGUGACCCUAUGCAAUUAGGACCAGUGGUUCUUUGUAAAAUUGCUGCCGAGUGUGGUUUAAGUGAGUCGUAUCUGGAACGAUUAAUCAACAGGUUUCCAUAUGUAAUUGACCCCCAAGGAUUCCCAAACACCAGCGGAUAUGAUCCACGACUUGUAACAAAACUGUUGUGUAAUUACCGUUCACUUCCGCAAAUUUUAAAACUGACAAGUUCGUUAUUUUAUAACGAUGAAUUAAUACCAACCAUUGACGACAAAAAUAGCGACGAAGCAGUAUUUGUUGAAAGUCUUAGUGAGAUUUUACCAAAAACAAAUUUAAAUGAAACGCCUCGUCUGGUUUUUCAUGGAGUGAUUGGAGAGAAUUAUCAAAGUUCCGAUUCACCAUCUUGGUACAAUCCUCAUGAAGCAGCACAAUUAUUUUAUUAUGUUAAUGAAUUGUAUCGUUUAGGAGUUAAGUCCAGUCAAGUAGGAAUAAUAACUCCAUAUAUAAAACAGGUGAAAGAAAUACGUGCACUGUUAAUAGAAGCGGAAUUUGAUAUUCCUAAAAUUGGUACAGUGGAAGAAUUUCAGGGUCAAGAAUUUGAUGUUAUACUCCUUUCAACAGUGAGGUCGUGCCAAGAGUACGUUUCAGUUGAUGUACAACAUAGCUUAGGUUUCGUAACUAGUCCAAGAAGACUUAAUGUUGCUAUAUCUAGGCCCAAAACUUUAUUGGUUAUUAUAGGGAAUCCUAAUCUUCUCUGUGUAGAUCCCUAUUGGCGUUCGGUCCUAAAAUACUGUUUAGAAAACGGUAGCUAUACCGGUUGUGAUAUGUUGUUUUAAUUAUUAUUUUAUAUGAACUAUUUUUUAAUAAAAUGAUAUAUAGCUAUA